AUGUAUCAAUAUUUAAUAUCGGCGGUAUAUGAUCAGUAAUACUAUUGGCUUGUAUACAUGCAAUAAUGUAGUAUCAAUAAUAAUAUAGUACUAUAUACUAUAUUUAACUCGCAGUGAUCGAGUCAUUUGAAUGCAAAGCACGAAUCAUAAAACAAACGUAUCGUAUUUGUAAAAACUGUAAUAAUAAUAUUUGUGAAUAUGCUUUUUCUUUCAAUUUGUAAUGAUGAACCAGAAUAAUUCGAAAAGCUGAUAUAGUCGAUAAAAAUAGAAGCUGAUUAGAAGAAUUUGCUUCCUCUGAUGAUGACUAUAUCAAUGUUAUUAUUAAUAUUAUAAUUACUAGAUUGCGGAUUUUUAUUCAUUUUUAUUCAUUGUACCAUUGGAAAUAUUUUUAUAGAAAGCAUCACACUUCCAAUGUUCUAUAUAUUUUUUGCAUAUUAAGUAUAGUGCGAGCACUUUUUCAACUUCACCUUUUGAUUCAAUAAUUUAAUGAAAUAAUAUAUUAUUAUCAAAUUAUAUAAAUAUAAUUCUAAUACUAUAUUACCACAUUAUUUAAUUGCCAACGUUAAUGUUUGACUAUUAUUAAUAUACAUACUAAUUAUUAUAACAUUUCAAUAAAUAAUAAAGUAUUACUUUAUUGCACUUUGUACGUCGUGCUUUUGUUAUACUUUACAUUAAUACUUUAUUACAAAGUACAAUAAUGUUAGAAUAUUUAUAAAAUUAAAAAAUUUGUAAAGUACAAAAUAAAAAUAUUUAUACUUCAUUAUAUAUAUUACACUAUAAUAAAGUAUUAUCAGUAUAAUAUAUAUUGUAUAAUAUAUAAUAAAGUAUUAAUAUAUAUUAUAAUAUAUAUAUUGUAUAAUAAAGUAUAUAAUAAAAAAUAAUAUAUAUAUAAUAUAUAUUACACUACAAUUAUCAAUAUAAUACUUUAUUAUAAUAUUAUAUUAUAAUAUACUUAAUAUAAUAUAAUAUUAAUAAAUAUUAUAAAAUCAAUAUUAUAAUAUAAUAUUGGCAAUUUCAUCAAUCAUACGUGAGUCACUUUUUCAAUACGCGUAUUGAUCGUAAUUUCUCGCGCAGGUGAAUGGCCAAGAUGUAUCGAACUCGAGCCACGAGGAUGCGGUGCGUUGCUUUCAAUUGGCCCAGGAACCGAUCAUCGUGGAGGUAUUGCGACGGCAGCCAGUUCAACAGCAGCAACAGCAACAACAGCAUAUCAAUCAGCGAGCCGGAUGGAAGGAACAGGAGAGUCGGGGGACAGAGCCGGAGAAAGAAUCGGAGAGAACGAUCGAGGCUGGCAGCAAACGCGAACAACACGCGAUCAACACUUGUCCAAACUUGGUCUCGACCGCGGUGCAAACCGACUGGGCCGGACUCCUCGAGGCCGAGGAAGAAGAACUGCUGCCGGUGGUUGACGAGCAACCGAACGACAGCUUCGAAGAUUUCCUCGCGCACGACAUCGACUUCGAGGAGGUGACGUUGCGGAAGACAGGCAGCGCGGAGAAGCUGGGGCUGACGGUGUGUUACAGUUCCGGUUCCGGCAGCGAGGACGCCGACACCGAGGUGUACAUCUCGGAGAUAGUUCCUGAGAGUCUGGCAGCGCGCGAUGGCCGAUUGCGCGAGGGCGACCAAAUCUUGAGGGUGAAUGGAAAGGACGUGGCGAACAAAGAACAAACGGAGAACCUGUUCGCCGAAACGAAGAGCGCAGUGACCAUUCUCGUCAGCCGGUGUCUUUAUCAGAUCCUUCAGAUCGUGAAUUGCCCGCGAACGAUCUCCCUCUCUCUCUGUUGUCUCAGGGUUCGCCGCUGCUUUCGCCAGAUCAUCUGCCCUCCUACCAGAACAGCUUGAUCGAGCAGCUAAUUCGCCAGCAGCAACAGCAGACAGAGGAGCGGACCAAAGACACGGAGGAGAACGACUGCACGUUGAAGCCACCGCCACCACCGCCGCCUCCAGUGCCCUGUCACACGCCCGGGCAUCAAGCGAGCAACACCCCUUCUUCCAGCUGUUCUUCCCAAACCUCGCAGAAAUCCUCCAACAGAAACGCCGCGUCACCUGCUCGACACGCGGACCACGAGCGCAAACAGUGGAUGCAGGAGGCAUUGAAGGAUUGCUCGAAGAAGAUGGACGGUCUCUCUGUACGUGGUCAGUCGCAAACAAGUGGAGGAGGAGGAGGAGGAGGAGGAGGAGGAGGCGGAGGUGGAGGAACGGUUGCGAUUAGAUUGGCAGAUGCUUACUCGAACCACGUGUGGAGCGAAACGGAGCACAUCUACGAGACUAUACCCGAGUCUGACAGCGAACCGAUAUAUUCCUCGCCGUACGAGCAUCACAGACAGUGGCAUCAUGCGAAUCAUACUGCGAACGUCGUCACUACUGGACAGACGACAAUCACGACUACAAACACCAACACGUCGAACACGGGGAACCAAACGGGAAGAUGGUACUGUUCCUCGAAGAGCAAUAGCUCCGGCGAGGAGAAGGACAGCUCGAGCGCGUAUAAUACCGGCGAGUCUUGCAACAGUAACCCUCUCACGCUGGAGUUGCAACGUGGCGAGAAGGAUCAUCACAAGAGCACGCUGGUCCUCUGCCCUCCGAAAGCGUCGUUGCAGCAACAUCAGCAACAACAGCAGCAACAGCAGAGGCUCGGCUGCACGUGCCCUACGUUCACCAACAGACAGAUCAGAAACCAGUCGAAUAAAAGAGGCUCGAGUUCCCAUCACUACAGAGAUCGUGCGGCGGAUCCGGCGAACGCCAGCAACUUACCCGCAGACACCAUGUACACGAACAUGGCUAAUCUUCAGCAGACGAUGCUGUUGCAGCAACAGUUGUUUAAACAGGCGCUUGACCGCAGAAACUCGACCAUCGGCGGAUCGCGGGAGAGCAGCAGCGUCACCGCGGUCGCUACUGCUGCUGGCACCGCGAAGAAGUCGAGGUCGCACGGUAAUUUCCAAGCGCCGAAUUUAACCCGAUAUCAGUUUGUCGGUAGCCAGCAGGUGUGCGCGUCCAGCUCCUGGAUACCGCCGGAGAACAAGGGGGACGAGGUGCAAAUGGAGUGGAAGGUGAAGAGGAGAGCGGACGGAACCAGGUACAUAGCACGGAGGCCGGUUAGAAAUCGCAUUCUGAGAAACAGAGCGAUCAAAAUAUCGGAGGAGAGGGCUGGCCACAGCACGGAAGAUGACACCAUGUCGGAAGUGAAGGUGGGCAAAUACUGGACCAAGGAGGAACGUAAGAGACAGUUGGAACGUGCUCGCGAACGCAAACAAAGGCAACAGGAACUUCAACUGCAGCAACAGCAACAACAACUUCAACAGCAGCAGCAGCAGCAACAGCAACAGCAGCUUCAAAUGCAGCAGACCAACGAAUUGUUGACGUGCGAGCAUGGAGAGCACGAGAAGCUUCCGAAGAAGCCGCUGAAUAUCGUGGAACUCAGUCACAAAAAAAUGGCUCGUAAAAAGAACACGUUGGACGAUUUCACUACUGUUCAAGAGAUGUUGGUUCACGGGAACAGGGUCGGUAGCGCGGGAGGUCCCGGCACUGGUGGCAAACUGAUGGGCCUUCUUUCGGUGACGACCGUUUGA